GAGACCCCCCGCACCGUGCGGCCUUGCCCUGCCGCCGGUGGGCGCGAGGGGACGGGCUGAGCGGCGGCUGUACGCGUGGGUGAUCCCUGUGGGGGCCCCCGCACCGCUGCUCCCCGCCAGCUCCUUCGCUCUCAGCCCUGGGAGGCGCCGUGGGGUUUUAUUUAGGCUGGAUAUUUACUUAAACCGACUUUUUAUUCCAUUUCUAAAUUUGUGAUGCAGCAACGUAUUUGUACUUGCGUUCACCGUAAUAUAUAGCCAGUGUAGCUUUGUCUUACAGAUGCUUGUUGUUUUUUCUUUAGAGACUUGGCCUAAAAACACCUGGUGCACAGAAGCCAUGGGUUUGUCUGCGUCCUCCCCGGCUGCUGCUGGUCAGUCGCCAAAUGCAUCCAAACAACACCAGACAGCGUCUCCACCUUCAGAAUGUCCUAUGCAUCAGGAAAAAAUGAGCGGUUGUCCAAUGCACAUGAACACUCCUGAUUACAGAACUGAGAACACAGAUGAUGUUCCUGCACAUCAAGAAAGAGCGUAUGAAUUUGUAGCAUGUCCGGUGAAGUCUGGUGCAUUUCAAGGGAAAGAUGACAUAGAUCCUAGCAAUAUGAUGCCUCCUCCUAAUCAGCAGCCAUCUCCAGAUCAACCAUUUCCAUUGUCAACUGUUAGAGAAGAAUCUUCUAUUCCUAGAGCACAUUCUGACAAGAAAUGGGUCUACCCUUCAGAGCAGAUGUUCUGGAAUGCUAUGCUAAGGAAAGGGUGGAGGUGGAAAGAUGAUGACAUAACAGGUGAAGACAUGACCAACAUUAUUAAGAUUCACAACCAAAACAACGAGCAAGCUUGGAAGGAGAUUUUGAAGUGGGAAGCUCUUCAUGCUGUGGAAUGUCCAUGUGGACCAUCUCUGAUGCGGUUUGGAGGCAAAGCAAAGGAAUAUUCACCAAGAGCCAGAAUACGUUCCUGGAUGGGAUAUGAACUUCCCUUUGACAGACAUGAUUGGAUUGUUGACCGUUGUGGAAAAGAAGUGCGAUAUGUUAUUGAUUACUAUGAUGGUGGAGCAGUAGAUAAGAACUACCAGUUCACUAUCCUGGAUGUUCGCCCUGCCUUUGACUCUCUCUCGGCUGUAUGGGACAGAAUGAAGGUAGCUUGGUGGCGGUGGACUUCAUAACUACUCCUGUGGUGUGUAGUCAGAAAGUAAACCACUUUCCUCCUAGACUAAGGAUAAGUGAAUACUAAGACUUGAAAUCAAAGUUCACUGCAACUGUCAUUAUUUCCAUCAUCACCACUGUUUUUUGGGGGUGGGAAGGGAGGAUGAGGAAAUCCAUUGUUAAGUACACCAAUGCUUUAUGGUGUUUUGAAUGAAAUAAUAAAGUUAUAGUAGCAAAAACAUGUAUCUUAAUUUUCUCAAGAGUUGGGAAAUCUUUUCUUAUUUUGUUACCUGUUCUGCGUAAGCUUGCCACCUUUUAAUUUCGUGACUCCAGUGCUGCACCAAAUACAUUAGGUAUUUGAUUCUGACUGGAGUUUUGUUACUUAAACUGAAAACUGGAAAUUUCAUGAACGAUUUCAUAUAGUUACAGUCCUUAGAUGUUUAGGUGAUGAAUAAAGGGUAAAAGAUUGGACUGUUUCAAACUGCAUGUUUUAUUAACUGUAUAAAAACUAUGUAUAAAAAUUUGUUUUCACAUGAGCACUUUACCUGUUCAAACAAUGCUUCCUCAGAAAACUUGAAGUUUAUUGUGUUAAAGGAAGUAUAGUGUAGUAUAUUUUUAAAGGUAUGUUAAGUUGAAAGGGAGAAUAUACUCAUGCCUUAAUCUGCAAUUUAUUUUUGAACAGAAACAGGAAGAGUGUCAGUUGCUUUUGAAACAACAUUUCUAGAAGGAGAUAAAACUGAUAUGUAAUAGCUAUUUAUUUGAGAAUUUGAAAGGUUUUCUGAUAUAAGAAAAUUGUGUUGUUUUAGUAUUUUCAUGUCUUUAAUGUGUGUCUUGCGUAAUGCCUUCAGCACAGAAUUGAGCCUUAUUUAAAGAAACCGUCAUGCAGUGCAUCUGUAUCUUGCACCUUGGCUUCAUCAUCUGUACCAUAAUGUGUGGUUUUUAUACAAUACAGAAUCGCACAAGGGUGUAUGACUAUGCAGUUAUAUAUGUUUCUGCAUAGUGAUUAUCGUGAACUGUAUUACAGAUGUGUAUGUAACUUUGCUAAAAGGGUAUCACAAAUGCCAAGAAAUAAGGUUGAUUUGAGCAUUUUCUAAGAGUGAUGCAAGUUAAUGCCAUGUGGCUUAAAGAUUUGAUUUAUGUUUGUACGCAAUAAGGGAAACUUUUUUUUUAAGUUUUCCACUGUAGUAGCUUUAAAUUUGCAUGGCUUGUUAAAUUUCAGGUGCUACAUGCCCCUAAACUUAAAUUAUUCCUCCAUUUCAGCACGUAUUACUCUUGAGAAUGAGUCCUCUGUGCAAAACACUUAGGAACAGGAGUAAGAAACUAUCACACUGUAGCUUCUCAAAUGGGAGAAGCUUCCUUAAUGAAACUUCACAACCUUAAACUGGGAACCAGCUGUACACUGAUUUUCUGAAAGUGGUUGUUUUUAACUGACAUGGGAAGCUUUUUUUAAUUUUUUUUUCCUGAAGGGAAAACCUCCCAGUGUUUCAGUCAAGUAACUUCCCAUUUAGGAAAAAAGUAUUCAGGGAAGCAUUCCAUACUUCAGCGUACUGAUGGAGUUGAAUGGUUCCCACUGCAGAGCCAACUGUCCUGCAUGGUAGGGAUAAAUAUUACCCAGAAGUCCAGAAUCCAAAGAGACAACCACACUCUUACCCCUGUCUGCUUUCCUCAUUCCUUUUCCACCUUUUUAGUGAUUCAUAUAUAUAUAUA